AUGGGUGGUAUCAAUUCUAAACUACUAGUGUUAGCCAUUGAAGUAGGAAAUGAAAAAUCCGGAUUUGCAUUCAGUGAAAAAAACAAUAAAUCUUCUGAAAUAUACACUACUACAGAUGACACUAAUCGUCAACUAGGCCGAAUUCCAACUGCUUUACUAUUAAAGGAGGAUUUGUCUGUCGAAAGCUUUGGAUUUUAUGCUGAAGACAAAUAUAUGUCCCUUUCCCUGAAAAAUGAGCAUUUGAACUACAAGUAUGUAAACAAUCUAGAAAUCUCUCAAAGUGCUGACAAGUUUAUCAUUAGGGAUUGCAGAGGAAGUGAGAUUGAAGAUGAACACAUAUAUUCUACAAUUGUUAACCAUUUGAUUGAGAAAAGCUUGAGUCAAGUCAAACGCUAUGCGCGUUUUGAGAAAUUAGAAAAGUAUUUAUUACUUACUGUACCUGAUAAUGUAAGUGAACGAGUAAAACAUUCCCUUAAAAAAGAUAUCAAAGGCUUCAAAAUUGUUCGUUUUGUCAGUAACUUAGAGGCAGCAGCAGCAUAUUGUGCAAGUCAGCAAUUAGUCGUUGACGGAGAAGGAAAUACCAGAAGGAUGCAAAACGGCACCAGUUUUAUUUUUGUCAAUUUUGGCAGGAGAUUAACAUCGGUUUGCCUUCAAAGGAUGAAAUCUAUUGACGAAUAUGAACUGUUGAAAAAGCCUAAAAUUGAAACUGGCGGAGAUUCUAUGACUGACAUUUUCUUUGAAGAUAUCAUAGAUAGAUAUAACAUUGGCGAGAAUUGGAAUAAAUAUAUAGUUGAUCACUUUUGUGAUUAUAUGAAUUUACGUCGGGUCUUUAAUAACGAAAAACACAAAUUCAAUAAUACCACUGAAUGUGUGCUUAUAGAAAUGCCACCCUCAAUCAUACAUUUAAUGAAACGAAAUGACAAUCAUUUAGAUGAGUCUAUUUCCUUUACAGAUAACAAGAUUGUCAUAUCACAUGAACAAAUGAAAGACUAUUUUGAAAGGUCUUUGAAAAGUUUAAUUUCUACAGUUAAAGGAAUUAUUGGGGACGUAGAGGAAGAAAUUGAAUACGUUCUUCUACUCGGUGGUUAUUCCAAAUCGCCUAUUGUGAGAGAAAUCAUUGAAAAGGGUGUGGGAGAAAUACGAAGUAUUCUUGUAUCUGAACCUGAAUUAGGAACUCUUAAAGGAACUGUAUUGCUAGGAUUGCAAGAUAACAGUUCGGCGGAUGAAAUAUACGGAUUAAUUUCUCCAUGUGAAUCAAAAAAUAAAUCUUCUUCAAUUCAAAUAACAAAUAAGGGUUGCAAUGCAUACUUUACAAGGAUUUUCGCAAGUUCAGAGCUGAAAGAUAAAAAAUCUAUUACUCGUGAAAUAGAGAUUGAGAAAGACGAAAUGAAGAAACCGAUAGUUUUUUAUCGAACAAUGUUAGCUAAAGACGGAACAAAUAAAUCGCUUACGGAAAAGGAUUUUGAAAAGAUGGCACCUGAAAUGCAACCAAGAAAUAGCGUUUGGAAUGGAAUUGUGAAAGUCGAAAUAUCAAUGGCAGAAAAUGGUGAAAGUUUUUCUUGGAAAGAGUUACAAGAUACAACGCAAAAUACUGACGCUGUGGAAAGGAAUUUAGAGGAUGAAGAACUUUCUUAA